CUUUUUCUUUUUUCAUUAUUUGUUUUUGUUGGUGUUUGCAUUUUCUAUAGAAAGUGGGUUUUUUUUUUUUUUGGUUGAUAUUUUUGGGUUUUGAUUUUUGGGGUGUUUGGGUGUGAGAAUUGAGCAAAAAUGGGAUCUUGUUCGUUGGGGGAUGAGCUUCAUGUGUUAGCUGUUGAUGACAGUGUCAUUGAUAGGAAGUUUGUAGAGAAAUUGUUAAAGAAUUCUUCUUAUAAAGUGACUUCUGUAGACAGUGGGUUGAGGGCACUAGAGUAUUUGGGGUUAGGAGAUGAUCAGAAAGACUCCUUAAAAUGCAACGAUUCAAAGAUCAAUUUGAUAAUCACUGAUUAUUGCAUGCCAGGAAUGACUGGCUAUGAUUUGCUAAAAAGAAUUAAGGAGUCAGCCACCAUGAAGGAGAUCCCCGUUGUGAUCAUGUCAUCAGAAAACAUCCCUACUAGAAUCAACAAGUGCUUGGAAGAAGGAGCUCAAGAGUUCAUGUUGAAGCCUCUCCAACAAUCAGAUGUGAAGAGGCUGAGAUGUCAUAUGAAGAAACUCAGCAGCCAAUGCCAUGGGAGGGUUUGUCUCGGAAGAUAAGAGGACACUCCAGCAGAAGAAAUCACAUGAGAAACUGAGGAAGUAUCGGGAGAAAUCUAAGAAUAUAUACAUAUGGAGAUCAAUCAAAAUGGCACUGCAUAGAUAUGACAUUACAUGUUUCCUAAUCUAUAGUUUUAUAAAUUAAAAUCACCAGAUUUUUGUUUGGUCA